AUGUGCAUAAUCUUACUAUCGACGGCGCACCCGAGGUACGCGCUCAUCGCCAUCGAUAACCGGGAUGAGUAUGUCCUCCGCCCCACUAGCCGGCCGCACUGGUGGACCCAUCGCCCCUCGGGCAAUCGGAUCCUCUCCGCGCGGGAUCUGCACCGUCGUGAACGCGGAACUUGGAUGGGCGUUGGCAAGGACGGACGCUUCGCCGUUUUGACGAAUUACCGGGAAUCCGCUGUCGAUGACCCGGACCAUGCAAUCUGCGGGGUGCGGAGUCGGGGCGGCAUGGUGACAGCAUGGCUCGGCGCGCCAGCGGAGGACAGCCUGGAUGACUUCAUCAAACACAUGCUGGACGACAAGUCGGUGAAGGGCGUCGGCGGUUUCUCACUCAUCUGCGGAGACCUGAAGGCGAAGGCGAAGAACGGCGUGGAGCCCCUGGUUAUCAUCUCCAAUCGCUGUAACCACCCUGGCGAGGUGCCGCGGAUCGGAGGGGAAAGGGGCAAGACAUAUGGACUCAGCAACACCGUCUACGAGGAGCCCGCGACAUGGCCCAAGAUCAAGACGGGAAAGAAGCUACUGGAGGAGACGAUACAGGAGGCUGUUGACAAGGACCUGAGCGAAGACGAGUUGACCGAGCGGCUCUUCUCCGUCCUCGAGAACGACACGCUGCCCGUCGAGCCCAAGAUGAGCAUGCAGGAGCACAUGGAUGCGCUGAGGCAAUCGGUGUAUAUCCGGGCUUUCGGAGACGAGCAGGAGUGGAAGGACAUGGCCGAUGCGGCGGAUAAUGGCAAGGCGAAGGACGCCUUUGACGAAAUCGAAGACGAAAGCGAAUCAGAGGAGCGCCUGCGGACCGAGGCCGUGGUGAAUUUUAUGAAAGGAGCAUAUGGCACUCAGAGGCAGACGCUUGUGCUUGUGGAUUGGGAGGGCAAUGUGACGUAUGCUGAGCGGGCGCUGUGGGAUGCUCACGGCAACCCCGUGGAGAAAGGCAAGGGGGAUCGGGUCAUCAGGUACAAGAUAGACGGCAUGAAUACAUAG